AUCUGAGUACACACGGAUUGACCUCUACUCCUGUGUACUCAUCACGAGAUCUGAGUACACACGGAUUGACCUCUAUCCCUGUUCACCCAUCACGAGAUCUGUGUACACACGGAUUGACCUCUAUCCCUGUUUACCCAUCACGAGAUCUGUGUACACACGGAUUGACCUCUAGUCCUGUUUACCCAUCACGAGAUCUGAGUACACACGGAUUGACCUCUAGUCCUGUUUACCCAUCACGAGAUCUGAGUACACACGGAUUGACCUCUAUCCCUGUUUACCCAUCACGAGAUCUGAGUACACACGGAUUGACCUCUAUCCAUGUUUACUCACCACGAGAUCUGAGUACACACAGAUUGACCUCUAGUCCUGUUUACCCAUCACGAGAUCUGAGUACACACGGAUUGACCUCUAUCCCUGUUUACACAUCACGAGAUCUGAGUACACACGGAUUGACCUCUAGUCCUGUUCACCCAUCACGAGAUCUGAGUACACACGGAUUGACCUCUAUCCCUGUGUACUCAUCACGAGAUCUGAGUACACACGGAUUGACCUCUACUCCUGUUUACUCAUCACGAGAUCUGAGUACACACGGAUUGACCUCUAUCCCUGUUUACUCACCACGAGAUCUGAGUACACACGGAUUGACCUCUAUCCCUGUGUACUCAUCACGAGAUCUGAGUACACACGGAUUGACCUCUACUCCUGUUUACUCAUCACGAGAUCUGAGUACACACGGAUUGACCUCUAUCCCUGUUUACUCAUCACGAGAUCUGAGUACACACGGAUUGACCUCUAUCCCUGUUUACCCAUCACGAGAUCUGAGUACACACGGAUUGACCUCUACUCCUGUGUACUCAUCACGAGAUCUGAGUACACACGGAUUGACCUCUAGUCCUGUUUACUCACCACGAGAUCUGAGUACACACGGAUUGACCUCUAUCCCUGUUCACCCACCACGAGAUCUGAGUACACACGGAUUGACCUCUAUCCCUGUGUACUCAUCACGAGAUCUGAGUACACACGGAUUGACCUCUAGUCCUGUUCACCCACCACGAGAUCUGAGUACACACGGAUUGAUCUCUAUCCCUGUGUACUCAUCACGAGAUCUGAGUACACACGGAUUGACCUCUAUCCCUGUUCACCCAUCACGAGAUCUGAGUACACACGGAUUGACCUCUACUCCUGUGUACUCAUCACGAGAUCUGAGUACACACGGAUUGACCUCUACUCCUGUGUACUCAUCACGAGAUCUGAGUACACACGGAUUGACCUCUAUCCCUGUGUACUCACCACGAGAUCUGAGUACACACGGAUUGACCUCUAUCCCUGUUUACCCAUCACGAGAUCUGAGUACACACGGAUUGACCUCUACUCCUGUUUACCCAUCACGAGAUCUGAGUACACACGGAUUGACCUCUAGUCCUGUUUACCCAUCACGAGAUCUGAGUACACACGGAUUGACCUCUAGUCCUGUUUACCCAUCACGAGAUCUGAGUACACACGGAUUGACCUCUAUCCCUGUUUACCCAUCACGAGAUCUGAGUACACACGGAUUGACCUCUAGUCCUGUUUACUCAUCACGAGAUCUUAGUACACACGGAUUGACCUCUAUCCCUGUUUACCCAUCACGAGAUCUGAGUACACACGGAUUGACCUCUAUCCCUGUUUACCCACCACGAGAUCUGAGUACACACGGAUUGACCUCUAUCCCUGUUUACCCAUCACGAGAUCUGAGUACACACGGAUUGACCUCUAUCCCUGUGUACUCAUCACGAGAUCUGAGUACACACGGAUUGACCUCUAGUCCUGUUCACCCACCACGAGAUCUGAGUACACACGGAUUGAUCUCUAUCCCUGUGUACUCACCACGAGAUCUGAGUACACACGGAUUGACCUCUAUCCCUGUUCACCCAUCACGAGAUCUGAGUACACACGGAUUGACCUCUAUCCCUGUUUACCCAUCACGAGAUCUGAGUACACACGGAUUGACCUCUAUCCCUGUUUACCCAUCACGAGAUCUGAGUACACACGGAUUGACCUCUAUCCCUGUUUACCCACCACGAGAUCUGAGUACACACGGAUUGACCUCUAUCCCUGUUUACCCAUCACGAGAUCUGAGUACACACGGAUUGACCUCUAUCCCUGUGUACUCAUCACGAGAUCUGAGUACACACGGAUUGACCUCUAGUCCCUGUUCACCCACACGAGAUCUGAGUACACACGGAUUGAUCUCUAUCCCUGUGUACUCAUCACGAGAUCUGAGUACACACGGAUUGACCUCUAUCCCUGUUCACCCAUCACGAGAUCUGAGUACACACGGAUUGACCUCUAUCCCUGUUCACCCAUCACGAGAUCUGAGUACACACGGAUUGACCUCUACUCCUGUGUACUCAUCACGAGAUCUGAGUACACACGGAUUGACCUCUAUCCCUGUUUACCCAUCACGAGAUCUGAGUACACACCGAUUGACCUCUAGUCCUGUGUACUCAUCACGAGAUCUGAGUACACACGGAUUGACCUCUAUCCCUGUUCACCCAUCACGAGAUCUGAGUACACACGGAUUGACCUCUAUCCCUGUUUACCCAUCACGAGAUCUGAGUACACACGGAUUGACCUCUACUCCUGUGUACUCAUCACGAGAUCUGAGUACACACGGAUUGACCUCUAUCCCUGUUCACCCAUCACGAGAUCUGAGUACGCGCUAAUCGAGAGCCCGGCGUGAAGGAAACCGCGCCACGUGGUUUAUUACGUCAUUGCAUCGCAGCAUGACGUCACUGCAUUACGUCACUGCAUUGCGUCACGCCAUUGUUACUAAUUCCGCGGGGCCGAGAAGCCGAUGAGCCUCACGCCCGCGUUCACCUUCCCCUCGGUCACGGGGCCGGCCAGCGAGCGGCGAGCGGCGAGGGCGGCGUCUGUGGUACCAGGAGGAAGGGGGGCGAUGGUGGGCAGAGCUCCUCCUCCUCCUCGUCCUCCUCACCAGCCCCUUCAUGAUCACCGUCAAUGCUCAAGGCGUGUGACGUUCACGGAAUGUUGAAUCUGUUGUUGUGUCGUGCGCUGUGUUUGUUAACGGUGCUGAGCCAAUAAAGAGUCUGGGCCCCGGCGCCCCCUGACCCCGCCGCUAUG